AUUCAAAACUGCUUUGUAAAGGAGUCUCUUUUUGAAAUGGGGAAUUCUCCACAGGAUCUUUUGGUGAUGUUAACUGGCAACCUUUGGCAUAUUUUGUUUGUGGAACAGAAUCUUUGGGGUGACUCUUUCUCUUCUUAACUUGUGUAACCAACAUUGUGUUCUGCGGCAGAUUUUCUUAAUUUCUGUACGGUUGAGAUCAAGAUGAAUGCUUUCUAAGCACUUUGAAAAAGGUCUUAAAUAGCUCGGCGGAAGUGGUUCCUUUGCAUCCCGAGUGUUUUGAGUUGCACUUCCCUGUCUUGCUGCAAAAUGACCACCACGGUCACCUUAGAAGAUGCGCUCUCCAACGUGGACCUUCUGGAGGAGUUGCCGCUGCCCGACCAGCAGCCAUGCAUCGAGCCCCUGCCCUCCUCGGUCAUGUACCAGCCCAACUUCAACACCAACUUUGAAGACCGCAACGCCUUCGUCACGGGCAUCGCUAGAUACAUCGAGCAAGCCACCGUCCACUCCAGCAUGAAUGAGAUGCUGGAGGAGGGCCAGGAGUACGCGGUCAUGCUGUACACCUGGAGGAGCUGCUCACGUGCAAUACCCCAGGUGAAAUGCAAUGAGCAGCCCAACCGAGUGGAGAUCUACGAAAAGACGGUGGAGGUGCUGGAGCCUGAAGUCACCAAGUUGAUGAACUUCAUGUACUUUCAGCGCACCGCCAUCGACCGCUUCUGCGGGGAGGUGCGCCGGCUGUGUCACACCGAGCGACGCAAGGACUUUGUGUCCGAGGCGUACCUGCUGACCCUGGGGAAGUUCAUCAACAUGUUUGCCGUGCUCGACGAGCUCAAGAACAUGAAGUGCAGCGUCAAGAACGACCACUCGGCUUACAAGCGUGCUGCUCAGUUUCUACGAAAAAUGUCUGAGCCCUCAUCCAUCCAGGAAUCCCAGAACUUGUCCAUGUUCUUGGCAAACCACAACAAAAUCACUCAGUCGUUGCAGCAGCAGCUGGAGGUGAUCAACGGCUACGAGGAGCUGCUGGCCGACAUCGUCAACCUGUGCGUGGAUUAUUACGACAACAAGAUGUACCUGACCCCGAGCGAUAAGCACAUGCUGCUCAAAGUCAUGGGCUUUGGCUUGUAUCUCAUGGAUGGAAACAGCAGCAACAUCUACAAGCUGGAUGCCAAGAAGAGGAUUAACCUGACCAAGAUUGACAAGUUUUUUAAGCAACUGCAAGUGGUUCCCCUUUUCGGCGACAUGCAGAUUGAGUUGUCCAGGUACAUCAAGACCAGCGCUCACUUUGAGGAAAACAAAUCCAGGUGGACGUGCACAUCCAUAUCCAGCAGCCCCCAGUACAACAUCUGUGAACAGAUGAUCCAGAUCCGCGAGGAUCACAUGCGCUUCAUCUCUGAGCUCGCCCGCUACAGCAACAGCGAGGUGGUGACCGGGUCGGGGCGUCAAGAGGCCCAGAAGACUGAUAUGGAGUACAGGAAGCUGUUUGACUUGGCCCUGCAAGGCAUGCAGCUCCUAUCGCAAUGGAGUGCUCACGUCAUGGAAGUGUAUUCCUGGAAACUGGUUCAUCCCACUGACAAAUACUCCAACAAGGAGUGUCCCGACAAUGCCGAGGAAUACGAGCGGGCCACCAGAUACAACUACACCAGCGAGGAGAAGUUUGCCCUGGUGGAGGUGAUCGCCAUGAUAAAGGGCCUGCAGGUGCUGAUGGGCCGCAUGGAGAGCGUGUUCAAUCACGCCAUCCGCCACACCAUAUACUCGGCCUUGCAGGACUUCUCGCAGGUGACUCUGCGCGACCCGCUCCGCCAGGCCAUCAAGAAGAAGAAGAACGUCAUCCAGAGCGUCCUCCAGGCCAUCCGUAAGACUGUGUGCGACUGGGAGACGGGCCGUGAGCCGCACAACGACCCGGCCCUCCGCGGGGAAAAGGACCCCAAGGGUGGAUUCGACAUCAAGGUCCCACGACGAGCCGUGGGACCCUCCAGCACUCAGCUUUACAUGGUGAGGACCAUGUUGGAGUCCCUCAUCGCCGACAAAAGUGGCUCCAAAAAGACCCUGCGGAGUAGUCUGGAGGGCCCGACCAUCCUGGACAUCGAGAGGUUUCAUCGCGAGUCCUUCUUUUACACCCACCUGCUAAAUUUCAGCGAAACCUUGCAGCACUGCUGUGACCUCUCCCAGCUGUGGUUCAGGGAGUUCUUCUUGGAGCUGACCAUGGGCCGCAGGAUCCAGUUCCCCAUUGAGAUGUCCAUGCCGUGGAUCCUCACAGAUCACAUUCUGGAGACCAAGGAAUCUUCCAUGAUGGAGUAUGUGCUGUAUCCCUUGGAUUUGUACAACGACAGCGCACACUAUGCCCUGACCAAGUUCAAGAAACAGUUCCUCUAUGAUGAAAUCGAGGCUGAGGUGAACCUUUGCUUCGACCAAUUUGUUUACAAGCUUGCUGACCAGAUAUUUGCCUACUACAAAAUCCUUGCUGGAAGCCUCCUGCUGGACAAACGUUUGCGGGCUGACUGUAAGAGCCAAGGGGCCAACAUUCCGUGGCCGGCCUCCAACCGCUAUGAGACCCUGCUGAAGCAGCGCCAUGUCCAGCUCCUCGGCCGCUCCAUUGACCUGAACAGGCUCAUCACUCAGAGGGUCUCAGCCGCUCUGUACAAGUCCAUGGAGCUGGCCAUCAACCGCUUUGAGAGCGAGGACCUCACUUCCAUCAUGGAACUGGAAGGCCUCCUGGAGAUCAACCGCCUGACGCACAAGCUCCUCUGCAAGUUCUUGACGCUGGACAGCUUUGACGCCAUGUUCCGCGAGGCCAACCAUAACGUGUCGGCGCCCUACGGCCGCAUCACGCUGCACGUCUUCUGGGAGCUCAACUACGACUUCCUGCCCAACUACUGCUACAACGGCUCCACCAACAGGUUCGUACGCACCGUCCUGCCAUUUUCUCAGGAGUUCCAAAGGGACAAGCCGCCCAAUGCUCAACCCCAGUAUCUGUAUGGUUCUAAGACGCUAAACCUGACGUACAGCAGCAUCUUCAGCUGCUACCGCAACUUCGUGGGCCCGCCGCACAUCAAGGUCAUGUGCCGGUUGCUGGGCUACCAGGGCAUCGCCGUGGUGAUGGAAGAGCUGCUCAAGGUGGUCAAGAGCUUGCUCCAGGGCACCAUCAUGCAGUACGUGAAGACCCUGAUGGAGGUGAUGCCCAAAAUCUGCCGCCUUCCUCGCCAUGAGUACGGCUCGCCAGGCAUCCUGGAAUUCUUCCACCACCAGCUGAAGGACAUCGUGGAGUACGCCGAGCUAAAGACGGUGUGCUUCCAGAACCUGCGGGAAGUGGGCAACGCCCUCCUCUUCUGCCUGCUCAGCGAGCAGAGUCUGUCGCAGGAGGAGGUUUGCGACCUGUUGCACGCGGCGCCUUUCCAGAACAUUCUGCCCAGAGUCCACGUCAAAGAGGGUGAGCGACUGGACGCCAAGAUGAAGCGCCUGGAGGCAAAGUACACGGCGCUGCAUCUGGUUCCUCUCAUCGAGCGUCUCGGCACGCCACAGCAAAUCGCCAUCGCCCGCGAGGGCGACCUGCUGACCAAGGAGCGGCUCUGCUGCGGCCUGUCCAUGUUCGAGGUGAUCCUGGCGCGCGUCCGCGGCUUCCUGGACGACCCCAUCUGGCGCGGCCCGCUGCCCAGCAACGGCGUCAUGCACGUGGACGAGUGCGUCGAGUUCCACCGCCUGUGGAGCGCCAUGCAGUUCGUCUACUGCAUCCCCGUCGGCGCCCACGAGUUCACCGUCGAGCAGUGCUUUGGCGACGGCCUCCACUGGGCUGGCUGCAUGAUCAUCGGCCUUCUGGGCCAGCAGCGGCGCUUCGACAUCCUGGACUUCAGCUACCACCUGCUCAAAGUGCAGAAGCACGAUGGCAAGGACGAGAUCAUCAAGAGCGUACCGCUGAAGAAAAUGGUGGACCGCAUCCGCAAGUUCCAAGUGCUCAACAACGAGAUCUUCGCCAUCCUGAACAAGUACCUCAAGUCGGGCGACGGCGAGAACAUGCCGGUGGAGCACGUGCGCUGCUUCCAGCCGCCCAUCCACCAAUCGCUGGCCAGCAGCUGAGCGCAAACGGCAAGAAUUUCCCUCUUACAUGUACAACACAAUUAUUUCCUUUAUGUAUUCCCAUUUUUUUUUUUUCGACUUUGUUAGCAAAGACCACUUGAGUAUCAUUCCCGCAAUAAACUUUUUGUAUUCACACGUGCCUUAUCGGGAAAUAGAUAUUUUAUACUUCUAGAUGAUGACUUUUUAAGAGAUUAAUAUUUAAAAACUUUGUGGUGAUGGUGGAACAUUAGAGGUGAGGUGAAGUUUUUCUUUUCGUAUUCUGCAUGCUGAACGCAUUUCUAUUCACUGUGCCUUGACUUGUAAUCAUUCUUUUAUUAUUCCAAUAAAUAUGUAACAGAGUCAUCUGCAGAAUGCAUUCAUUUUUAAAUUGAAAAAAAGUUACAUACAUUAAAAUAUUACAACAAUUUUAUAGUGAUGGCAACACCUCAUUAUAAAGUAUAUUCAGGAUCAUUCCAGUGGGGUGAAAAUGGGGUUCAAAUCUCCUCCUGUUCAUCUUGCGGGUCAAAUUGUUGCCCCAUUUUGUUAAAAAAAAUAAAUUGGUAUGAAAUAUCUGCCUGCGUAAAAUAAUGUUAUCUACAUCUACAAUAGAAAAGCUUCAUUUCACACAUUUUCAAGUUUGGUUUUUUUUUUUUUUUU